AUGAGUGUAUAUUUGAGUGAGCAACAGCAACAUGGUGUCUCUUACAAUGUUCUCACUUGUGAUCAGGAACAAUUAGUGGGACGCGGUUACUACGGGCGGUAUCUUCUCCCCGAAAACGGUGUCGCAUUUGCCGCACCCGAUCGCACUCAGUCGCGCGCUUCGAAGGGAAAGGUUUGA